GUUUGCUGUUGUCUGCUACGUUUAAAAGUCUCCUUUUGCAACAACUUUGCAAAAAGAGAGUUGUUCUGCAACACACAGUAAAGAGUUUCCUAUGAAGUGAAGUUUGACAUCAUCUAAACUGGGCAAAAUGAUCCCUACAGCCCUGCAAUAUUGUACAUAUGGUGGAGCAGUCUGGAAUAGAACCCUGAAUGCUGAAACAUACCGGUAAUUGUACAGGGACUAUCAUUUAACAAUGGAGUACCAUGGGAUCCUAAACCAGCGUGUGCUGACGGCCAUGCGGAAGAGGGACGUGGAAAAGGUACAGCAGCUGCUUCUUAUGCCCAACUAUGACCUCAACUAUGCCUCAAAGAAGAAAAUCACUCCUCUGAUUCUUGCUUCAAAUCUAGGCCUAUCAAGCAUAUGUGAGAAGCUGGUGUCAUUAAAGGUUGACAUUGACAACUGUGACCUUGAUGGUAGAACAGCCCUACACCAUGCCAGUAGCCAUGGUUACACAGACAUAGUCACCCUCCUCAUAUCAGCUGGGGCUUGUAUCAACGCAGUGAGUGAGGAAGGAGAUGCGCCACUCCAUGAAGCUGUAAGCUCAGGGCACAUUAACACGGUAGAGGCUCUACUCCAGACAGGAAGUGAUGCCAAUAGGCCCAACCAUAUGACAGGCAGUACAACACUUGACCUCGCUGUUCUACAUGAAAGGUCAGAGGUCGUGGAGUUGCUGAUCAAACACGGAGCAAAUAUCCACCACAAGUCCCGAGCCAGAGAAACAGCCCUCCACUACGCAGUGCAAGUCGCGUCGGUUAACAUCAUAGAACAGUUACUACAGGCAGAUGCUGACAUUAACGCUUUAAACAACAUAGGCGAAUCUCCCCUGACGGUCGCCAUUCAAGAACGGAAACUAAGCAUUAUUAAAUACCUCGUAGAGGCAGGCUGUGAAUUGGAUCACAAGGAGUUGUUGUCCCCGAUGUACAUUGCGUGCAGACAGAACAGCCAGGAUAUCAUAUGUUACUUGUUGUCGGAAGGGUUUAACCUCAGUCUAGACAGGUGGCUUUUAAGGUACACAUAUCUGAAACUUGCUGAGAGUAAUCCGGACUUACUGGAAACAGUUCUGUAUCAAUGUGAAAAUCCUGUUUCCCUGAAGGAGAGUUGUCGAUCAACGAUUCGUAAAUCCCUGAGGCCAGAGCUGGCAAAAAAUCUUGCCAAACUGAAGUUGCCAAAAUCGCUUAAAACCUGGAUUGGGACUGACAACAUUUACAGCUAACAUUGUUUUUUUUGUACAGUCAUUUACCAAUUAUCAAGUACCGGUAGCUUUGUGCCAUAUGAUUAUGUUAUUUGCCUUGUAACUGAUGAAAACAUAUCACUUGUUUGAGUUUAUUUUGUUGUAUGUCUUUGUCAAUAGCAUUUUAGUAGUACUCUUGAUGAUUAGCAGGAAUUUGUUUUAGGGGGUUGUGCAUAUUUGUUGUUUCAUAUUUAGUCUUUUAAUGUAUUUUUUCUAGUCAUUUUUUACAAUGGACCAUUUUGUAGAUGCUGGUUCAUCAUACUGUUUUUAUGCUCUUGAUAAGAAUGUUCCGUUUGUUAAAGAUAAAGAUAACUUGAUUGUAUAUGUCUGUAUAUACAUCUUCAUUGCAUACUGCAUUAUUGCAGCGAAGUAUUUGUCUGCAUAUAGACGCUGGUAUAUGUAAUGUUACUUCUUUGUAAGUAUUUCUUGAUGAAGGUAUUAAUUUUAAGCCAUUUUCUUCAGUACUGGAGGCUUUGUACUAAAUGUACAUGUAUAAAUCAGUAUACAUAGCCAGUAAUGAAAACUCUUUUUAUUUAUGAUUUUCCUAUUUACAUUGUUACUAUUUCAUAAACAUAUUGUUUAUAAUAGUUGAGAUGAAAUCCAAGGUACGAACACAUUCAUAUGAUAUAUUAAAUUUUUGAUGUUAAAAACACAGUCAUACCUUCCUGUUUGUAUCUGUUUAUUGAUGUUUCAUGUUGAGGCCAUACCAAAGCAUUUUUAUGUUUAGGGUCGGUUGACAGAUAGGUUUUGGACUUCCUGAUUGAAAGAAACACGGCAUUUUUAUAUACAACAAUCUUCCUGAAUAUCUUAAUUUCCUUUAACUAUAAUUCCAACUAGAGAUUGAGGAUGAUCCAGAAUUGACUAAGGAGGCUCUACUGUCUAUUUCUACUGACAAUGUCACUAAUUAAGUAUUCGUUUAUUUGUGGGGGUUUUCAGGAUAGCUAGAGAGGUUUUUGAACUAAGGGUUGACAGUAAACAUAAACAAAAUAUGGAUUUGCAUUAUAUAUAAUGUGUAUAUCUUUGUUGUUUCUCUUUUGUCUUCUUUGUGUAUUUGUAUUCGAUUUGUGUUGGCGUUUAUAGAUAUCAAUAAAAGAAAUAAAAUAAAUUCAUUAUCAUCUGAAUUAUUUUUUCCAUAUUUCAGAGUAAAAAAGCUGUAGUAAUUUGAAAUAAUAUCAGAGACUAUGUCUAUGUUCAUGUGGG